CAUAGGAUUUUGCUAUUUCACCAAUUUAAAUUAAAUUUUGGUAAACCUUGAGAGUCGUGCGUUGUAAUGGAAUGGGAAGGGCAGGUGUAGUGGGGCGCUCCGCACUCCACACUGGGCCUGAUUUUGUAAUCCAUACCACUCCACUUUGCAUUCCCUCCUGUUAUCGUACAUCUCUCUCUUCUCUUUCCCUUCCUCUUCAGAAACUUCUGCAAAUUCCAAUUUACUUAUCAAAACCUCAUCCUCUAAAUCGUAUUUACCAAUCAAAUUCGAGCCCCUCUACCACCGAUUCACCAUCUCUAAGAAAGAAAAAACUUCGGAUUGCUCAUGUCGGUGGCGCCAAAGAGAAACCAUAGUGACCUUCCCUGAUUUUAAACAAGCUUCCUUCACCGCAGCUGAUAACUCAACAAUUGGUGUGCUCACAAUCAACACCUCAAUUUUUGGUACAUAGAACAAAAAUCAUAUCAUUCUUUCAAACAUAGAGUAGAACUAUGUGUAUUGCAGCAUUUGUUUGGCAGUCUCAUUCACUAUACUCUCUCAUUCUCUUCCAGAACAGAGAUGAAUAUCACAACAGGCCUACGAAACCAAUGUCAUGGUGGGAGGACAAUGAGAUAGCAGGAGGGAGAGACGAGGUUGGGGGCGGAACUUGGUUAGGUUGUUCAAGGAAAGGCAAGGUUGCAUUUGUUACUAAUGUGUUGGAACCUCAUGAAAUCCCUGACGCUAAAAGCCGUGGACACCUUCCUCUUCUCUUUCUGCAGAGCACAAAGAGUCCAAAGGAAUUUGCAGAGGAGAUAAAGGCAGAAGCGUAUCAAUAUAAUGGAUUUAACCUAAUAGUAGCUGACAUAAGUACUAAAACCAUGAUUUAUAUCUCCAACAGAACAAAAGGGGAUCAUAUUCUCAUUCAGGAGGUACCUCCUGGUUUACAUGUGUUAUCUAAUGCAGAACUUGAUACCGCUUGGCAUAAGGUGCAGCGCUUGAGGCUAAAAUUUAAUGAACAGCUUUGUAUAUAUGCUGAAGGUGAAAUACCUGAGAAAGAGAUGGUUGAGAGAUUAAUGAGGGAUCAUGUUAAAGCUGAUGAAAGCAAACUUCCUCGUAUAUCCUCCCCUGACUGGGAGUACAAUACAAGCUCUGUCUUUGUCCAAUUUCAGACACCUCUGGGAUGUUUUGGUACCAGAAGCACAUCUGUAUUGACUAUAACUAAAACAGGAAUGGUACACUUUUAUGAGACUUACCUAGAAACAGGUACUUGGAAGGAAAAAGCAUUGAGUUACUUCAUUGAAUAGUGGAACUAACAAUAUAUAAUCAUAAGAAUUGUUGGUCAGUAUAUGUCAAAAUUUUCGUUGAGUUUCUACAAUGUCGACAUUCUUUCACCUUCUACUUAUCUGCUUACGGAGUUAUUUAUGUGGAUGCUUUCCCUUUAUUUAAUUGCCCAGAACAAAUAAAAGUGUGGCGGCCCAUUUAUUGGCCAUAUUUGAUGUUU